AUGGCCAAGUACGACACCGUGACGCUCGACUCCAACGUCUGGUACCACGUCACCGAGGCCCGCGUCGACGACUACGACAAGGCCAACUUCACCAGCGCGCUCCAGGUCGAGGACGACGACGGCGUCGCCGUCUGGGGCGCCGUCGACCACUACUGGCAGUUCCAGCCCGUCAAGAAUGGGCCCGCCGGCCGGUACGCGCUGCGCUGCAGCAGGACGGGCGUCUUCAAGCAGCUGAGCGCGUGCUACGUCGCCGACGAGAUCGACGACUCCAAGACGCAGCCGUGCAUGAGGGCGUCGGACGGCACCAAGGCCCAGAUGUGGGACAUUACCGACUGGGGGAACCAGACGUACCGCUUCCUCAACGUCAAGAAUGGCUCCGACUAUGUCAUGGACGUUCACCCGGGGAAUCCGCCCUUCAUGGCCUCUGACCUGAGGACCAAUAUUCCCCAGCCGGGACGCCACUGGCUCAUGACAAGUGUAAGCGACGUUGACGAUGGCGCAUUCUCGACCGUCUUUACUAAGGUCCCAUCCGCCACCAGAUCAGAAACCAUCACUACCGAAACAUCCUCUUCCUCAGAAACCACCGAUGCCGCCUCUCAAUCCACCGCUUCGUCUGAAUCCACGACAUCGUCCGGAUCGUCAUCAUCUUCCGGCGGCAUCUCCACUGGCGCCGCCGCAGGUAUCGGAGUCGGCGUGGGCAUCGCCGUCCUCGGCAUGGGCAUUGGCCUCUUCUUCCUCUGGUGGCGUCGCCGUCAAAGCCGUCAAAACCGCGCUGCCGCCGAAAUGCCCUCCAGCAACGACACCAAGUCACCACCUCCGGCAUCCUACAACGAGUGGCACCAGUCUGUUCCUCCGCCGCAGGAGAUGUCCACUGACCGCGAAGUGCGGUCUGAGCUCGACUCCACGCCCAUGUGGGCGAGCACUGUUGGCUCCGGGUCGCCCGAGACAUACAAGACUUCACCGGUACCAGGAUCAAGGACGCCGCUAUAA